UCUGGGCAGGAGGAGAGUCUUGGCUGUGAUGCCGCUGGAUGAUGGCUGCUUUCGGGAUCUUAAGUUACGAACACCGGCCAUUAAAGCGGCCCCGGCUCGGCCCUCCGGACGUUUAUCCCCAAGAUCCGAAGCAAAAAGAGGAUGAGUUGACUGCUUUGAAUGUGAAGCAAGGAUUCAAUAACCAACCAGCUGUGUCUGGUGAUGAACAUGGCAGUGCCAAAAAUGUCAACUUCAAUCCCUCAAAGAUCAGUUCAAACUUCAGCAGCAUCAUUGCAGAGAAGCUGAGAUACAACACGUUUCCAGAUACUGGCAAGCGUAAACCACAAGUCAACCAGAAGGAUAACUUCUGGCUUGUCACAGCAAGGUCACAGAGCUCCAUCAACAACUGGUUCACAGACUUAGCUGGGACCAAACCUCUAACGCAGCUGGCUAAAAAGGUACCAAUAUUUAGCAAAAAAGAGGAAGUUUUUGGAUAUUUGGCCAAGUACCUUGUCCCUGUGAUGCGUUCAGCAUGGAUGAUCAAGAUGACCUGUGCAUAUCAUGCAGCCAUCACAGAAACUAAAGUCAAGAAGAGACAUGUAAUUGAUCCUUGUAUAGAAUGGACCCAGAUCAUUACUAAGUAUCUUUGGGAGCAGCUUCAGAAGGUGGCAGAGUUUUAUAGACAGUUCCCUAGUCAGGGCUGCAGCUCACCUCUUCCAGCCAUGCCCACGGAUGUGGACACAGCCAUGAAGCAAUGGGAAUACAACGAGAAGCUGGCCAUGUUCAUGUUUCAGGAUGGUAUGUUAGAUAGACACGAGUUCCUGACAUGGGUGCUGGAGUGUUUUGAGAAGGUCCGACCUGGUGAAGACGAGCUUCUCAGACUUCUCCUGCCCCUCCUACUACAGUACUCAGGGGAAUUUGUACAGUCUGCUUACUUGUCACGAAGACUGGCUUACUUCUGCACACGCCGACUCAACCUGUUGCUAAGUGAUGGGAGCCUGGGCCCUGGCACAGGUGGGCAUCCAGCCCAUGGCAUCUUGACACAGCAAGCCAACGCUCUGCCCCCCACCCCAACUUCCCAGCCAGCAGGGGGUAACCAGCCCCAGACACCUUUCACUGAUUUCUACAUCUGCCCUCAGCACAGGCCUCUGGUGUUUGGCCUCAGCUGCAUGUUACAGAGCAUAGUGUUAUGCUGUCCCAGUGCUCUCGUGUGGCAUUACUCUUUAACUGACAGCAGAAACAAGACUGGUUCACCUCUGGACCUCCUGCCCAUUGCCCCCUCCAGUUUGCCAAUGCCAGGAGGAAACACUGCUUUUACACAGCAGGUUCGUGCAAAAUUGCGAGAAAUUGAGGAGCAAAUUAAGGAGCGAGGCCAGGCCGUGGAGUUCAGGUGGUCAUUUGAUAAAUGCCAAGAGACGACAGCUGGGUUCACCAUCGGGAGAGUUCUACACACCCUGGAGGUUUUAGACAACCACAGUUUUGAGAAGUCUGACUUUAACAACUCAUUGGAUUCACUCUACAACAGGAUAUUUGGUUCAGGCCAGAGUAAAGAUGGCCAUGAGAUGUCACCUGAUGAUGAUGCGGUGGUGACCUUGCUUUGUGAGUGGGCAGUUUGCUGUAAGCGUUCUGGCAGACAUAGAGCCAUGGUGGUGGCCAAGCUGCUGGAAAAGAGACAAGCUGAAAUAGAAGCAGAGCGCUGUGGCGAGUCUGAGGUGGUGGAUGAAAAGGGCUCUGUAUCAUCCGGAUCCCUCUCAGCUGCCACAUUGCCAGUCUUUCAGGAUGUACUGCUGCAGUUUCUCGAUACUCAGGCCCCCACGCUAACGGAGCCUGGAAAUGAAAGCGAACGAGUGGAAUUCUCCAACCUGGUUCUUCUUUUCUGUGAGCUCAUCCGUCACGAUGUCUUUUCCCACAACAUUUACAUGUGCACACUGAUCUCCCGUGGCGACCUGGCUUCUGACUCCCACCUGCCACGUCCUCGUUCCCCCAGCGACGAGCCCUCCGAUGAAUCAGAGCGCAAAGAGCAGGAUGCAGGCAGCAGUGUCAAGAUGGAGGACACUGGACUGUCUGAGUCAAUGGAAAUUGAUCACAACUCCAGUGCUAAUUUUGAUGAGAUGUUCUCACCUCCAAUGCACUGUGAGUCCAAAGGGAGCCCCUCUCCGGAGAAACCUGCUCCAGAGCAGGACAGCAAGGCCGGUUGUAAGGACAAAGGCAUGGACCCUGCCUUUCCCCAACUGUAUGAGCAACCCCGACACAUUCAGUAUGCCACUCACUUCCCUAUUCCUCAGGAGGAAAGUGCCAGUCAUGAAUGCAACCAGCGUUUAGUGGUCCUCUACGGUGUAGGCAAACUGAGAGAUGAAGCACGACACACCAUCAAGAAAAUUACCAAAGACAUCUUGAAGGUGCUCAAUCGCAAAAGCACAGCUGAAACAGGAGGGGAGGAAGGACAAAAGAGGAAGAGGAGUAAGCCGGAGGCCUUUCCCACUGCAGAGGACAUCUUUUCCAAAUUCCAGCUCCUCUCCCACUUUGACCAGCACCAGGUCACCUCCCAGGUGUCCAGAAAUGUUCUUGAGCAGAUCACCAGCUUUGCCUUAGGGAUGUCUUAUCACCUUCCUCUUGUCCAGCACAUUCAGUUCAUCUUUGACCUCAUGGAGUACUCCCUCAACAUCAGUGGCCUCAUAGACUUUGCUAAUCAGCUUCUGAACGAGUUGAGUCUGGUGGAAGCCGAACUGCUGCUGAAGUCAUCCAGCCUGGUGGGCAGCUACACCACCAGCCUGUGUCUGUGUAUUGUAGCUGUGCUGAGGAGAUACCAUUCCUGUCUCAUUCUUAACCCCGAGCAGACAGCACAAGUUUUUGAUGGGUUGCGCAUUGUGGUGAAGUCAGGUGUGAACCCUGCAGACUGUUCCUCUGCUGAGCGCUGUAUCUUGGCCUACUUGUAUGAUCUCUACACUUCCUGCAACCUCAAGAACAAGUUUGGAGAGAUCUUUAGUGAGUUCUGCUCUAAAGUGAAAAACUCCAUCUACUGUAAUAUUGACCCGUCAGACUCUAAUAUGCUUUGGGAUCCUGCAUUCAUGAUGGAGGCCAUCGCCAAUCCCUCAGCUGUCAACUUCAAUCACUCCAUGGUGGGCAAAAUCCUCAACGACAGCCCAGCCAACCGCUACAGUUUUGUUUGUAACGUACUCAUGGAUGUUUGCGUGGACCACCGAGACCCUGAAAGGGUGAACGAUAUCGGGAUCCUGUGUGCAGAGCUGACGGCAUACUGUCGCUCUUUGAGUGCAGAGUGGCUUGGCAUCCUCAAAGCUCUUUGCUGCUCCUCUAAUAAUGGGAACUGUGGCUUCAAUGACUUGCUGUGUAACGUGGAUGUUAGUGAUUUGUCCUUCCAUGACUCCCUGGCAACCUUCGUAGCUAUUCUCAUUGCUAGACAGUGCUUGCUCCUGGAAGACCUAGUCCGCUGUGUGGCCAUUCCCUCCCUUCUCAAUGCAGCCUGCAGUGAGCAGGACUCUGAGCCAGGAGCCAGACUCACCUGCAGAAUUCUCCUACAUCUUUUUAAGACACCACAGCGCAACCCUGUCCCCCAAGAUGGUGUUAAAUCAGACAAAUCCUCUGUUGGAAUUCGGUCAUCUUGUGAUCGCCACCUUCUUGCUGCCUCCCAGAAUAGCAUAGUAGUUGGAGCGGUAUUUGCUGUCCUCAAAGCUGUAUUUAUGCUGGGUGAUGCUGAGCUACGAGGAUCAGGUCUGUCACAUCCUGCUGGCCUCGAUGACAUAUCUGAGGGGCGCAAUGUCUCCAUAGAAACAGCAAGCUUGGAUGUAUAUGCAAAGUAUGUUCUGAAGACGAUCUGCCAGCAGGAAUGGGUUGGAGAACGCUGCUUGAAGUCCCUCUCCGAGGACAGUAGUGCCCUGCAGGAUCCUGUUCUAGUAAACAUUCAGGCCCAGCGGUUACUGCAGCUUAUCUGCUAUCCCCACCGCCAGCUAGACAGUGAUGAAGGAGACAACCCUCAGAGGCAACGUAUCAAACGCAUCCUUCAGAAUAUGGACCAGUGGACAAUGAGGCAGUCGUCUCUGGAGCUGCAGCUGAUGAUCAAACAGAGCACAAACAAUGAGCUUUACUCUCUCCUGGAAAACAUAGCUAAGGCCACUAUAGAGGUUUUCCAGAAAUCAGCUGAGAUAAACUCCAGUAACCCCUCAGUAAAUGGAGCAGCAGCCCAAGGUGGCCCUGCAUCCAAUAACAACAGCACCACGAGCAAGAUGAAACCUAUUUUAAGCUCAUCAGAGCGAUCAGGUGUUUGGCUGGUGGCUCCAUUGAUAGCCAAGCUGCCCACCUCGGUUCAGGGUCAUGUACUGAAGGCAGCUGGAGAGGAGCUAGAGAAAGGACAGCACCUUGGUUCUUCCUCUCGCAAGGAGAGGGAUAGGCAGAAGCAGAAAAGUAUGUCUUUACUGAGCCAGCAGCCGUUCCUGUCUUUGGUACUGACCUGCCUGAAGGGGCAGGAUGAACAGAGGGAAGGCCUUCUCACCUCCCUCUAUAGCCAAGUGCAGCAGAUUGUCACCAACUGGAGAGAGGAUCAGUACCAGGAUGACUGCAAAGCAAAGCAAAUGAUGCAUGAGGCUCUAAAACUACGACUGAAUCUUGUCGGUGGCAUGUUUGACACAGUGCAGCGCAGCACUCAGCAGACCACGGAGUGGGCAGUACUGCUCCUCGACAUCAUCAGUAGCGGUACAGUUGACAUGCAGUCCAAUAACGAGCUCUUCACAACUGUGCUGGACAUGUUGAGUGUGCUGAUAAAUGGUACACUAGCUGCUGAUAUGUCCAGCAUCUCUCAGGGCAGCAUGGAGGAGAAUAAGAGGGCUUACAUGAACCUGGUCAAGAAGCUCAGGAAAGAGCUUGGAGAUCGGCAGUCAGAAAGUUUGGAAAAGGUUCGCCAGCUUCUGCCACUGCCAAAGCAAACUCGUGAUGUCAUAACCUGUGAACCUCAAGGCUCGCUAAUAGACACGAAGGGCAACAAAAUUGCGGGCUUUGAGAAGGAGGGUCUCCAAGUAUCAACCAAACAGAAGAUUUCUCCAUGGGAUGUCUUUGAGGGUCUAAAACACUCCGCCCCUCUUUCCUGGGGCUGGUUUGGUACAGUGCGCGUGGACCGCAAGAUCACCAAAUUUGAGGAGCAGCAGCGUUUCCUGCUUUACCACACCCACCAGAAGCCCAAACCUCGUAGCUAUUACCUGGAGCCACUCAAACUACUCCCUGAAGAAGAGGAGCCUCUAACACCCGUUUCCCAAGAGCCAGAGAAGAAGAUAAUGGAGGCAGUGAAACAAGAGAAAAAUGUACCAGCUGUCCCCUCUGAGUCAAAAGCAAAGAAGAAUAACAAGAAAAGGAAAACUUCCACCAAGACAGAGCAGGACUAUAGUAACCGCACAGCGAGUGGUGUAACCUAUGCGCCUAAUAUGGCAGACUUGAUGCCGAGCCACACAUAUGGCAGGCCUACCCUAUCCUAUAACCCACAGACCAUUGGCAUGUACACACAGAACCAGCCUCUUCCUCCAGGUGGUCCAGGUUUAGAACCUCCCUACAGACCUGCCCGUAACCCACAGAUGAACAAAAUGAUGCCCACUCGGCCCAGCUAUCCAGCCAUGAUGUCUGGCAUGCAGGGUAACAUGACUGGUAUGAUGGGACUGGACAAGCAAUACCCACUGGGUUAUAAACCCCAGCCUAGCUUGCCUCAGGGCCAAAUGCUGCGACAUCAGUUACAGGUCAGACUGCAGAAUCAAGGCAUUAUGGGGCAGCAGAUCAGACAAAUGACACCUAACCAGCCAUACCCUUCAAUGCAAACAUCACAGAACAUAUCUCAGGGCUAUACCACAUAUGGAUCACACAUGGGCAUGCAGCAGCAUCCUUCCCAAGGUGGUGGUAUAGUUGCCCCCGCCUAUGGGAACCAAAACUUCCAGGGUACCCAUCCUGGAGCCAACCCAGCUGUGGUGGAUCCUCUUAGGCAAAUGCCACAGAGGUCCAGUGGUUACGUUCACCAGCAGGCACCUGGCUACGCACACAAUAUGCAGAACACACAGAGGUUUGCCAAUCAACCCCUCCAGCAGAAUCCUAUCAUGCACAAUCUUGGUCAUAUGGGAGCCCAGGGAGUCCAUCCAGGCCUGAGGCCAAAUCAGAUGCUGGCAGAGCAGCAGCAGCAGCAACAACAAGCAGCACAGCAACAGCAGUACCUCAAAUUCAGACAGCAGCAACAACAGCAGCAGGCCCAAGUUCAACAACAACAACAAGCCCAAGUUCAACAACAGCAGCAGGUUCAGCCACAGCAGGUUCAGCCACAGCAGGUUCCUCCUCAACAACAAGUUCCACAGCAGCAGCAGCAGCAGCAGCAGCAGGUGUCGACGGUGCCUCCCCCAGGACAGGCACCAAACCAGGGCCUGAGCAUGCAGCCGCUGCCCCCCCAGCAACCCAUGUUUCCACGACAGGGCAUGCAGCAGACACAGCAGCAGCAGCAGACCGCAGCUCUUGUAAGACAGCUGCAGCAACAGCUUUCAAAUACACAACCAGGACAGGGCACCAACUCAUAUUACUGAUCAUGCUUGUUUAUAGUAGUGUGUGGAGAUGAUGCCCAUUAUGUGGGGAGAACGGGAGCGCCCUGUAAAAAUUGUCUUAGAGGGAAGACAGUUGAGAGUGCAGAGGACCACCAAACAGAUUAACCAAAUCUCAGCUUUGACCACUGAGGCAACAAUGUGAAAAUAUCAUGACUUCAGUUGUGUAAUCAUGGAUUAUGAAAGGGGGGGAGCCUCAUCUGAAGUAAACACUUAAUGGUUAAUGAUGGAAAAGUCUAUGUAAAAAAAAUUACCACAAAUUAUAAGAAUGCAAUUUUUUAUUUUAUUUCAAUUUGUAAAUUUUUUCAGUUUCAUGUAUUUCUCAUUAAAAAAAUCAUGUCAGUUUUCAUGUCUUGUACUUGUGUUGACUGCCUGUUGAACACUUUGAUAUUAUGAGAGAAAAUAGCCAUCCCAGCAUGAUGCAGUGUGAGAGAUGAGUUUGUAAUAACGCAGGUUGGAAAAGUUUUACAGGAUUGUUUUUGUUUCACUUUAUUUGGCAGGAUUGUCAAGAAAUAAGUUUCUCAGUAACGGGUAAAAAGGAUCCAUCAUCCUUUACACCUGGACCCUGCAACUUAGAUAUUUACAAUGUUGUCGUCGUUAGCUUUACUUAUAUUGUUUUCCUAUUGUGAUGUCAAUGUGCUUACUGGUAAAUGUUUUACACUUGUAAAGUGGAGGAUUAUCAUUUCAGAGUGAGAAGGUCCGUGUUUUACUUAUCCUCUUGUGUUCGGUAAUGGUAUGCUUGAAAAAGAUAGUCCUAGUACAUGGUUUGGCACAGUGCAGCAGAAAAUGUACAUCUGUAAUUAAAACCAAAUUUAAUAGUU